UUGUUGAUUACAUUGUGCUGGUGCAUGUCGUGCGAGUGUGCGUCGCGUGCCUGUACCGUCCAGGGGUGGAGGAGCAGAGAGAAGACCAAUGAGUGGUUCCACCACCAUGAUUGAGAUGGAGGCGGAGGAACACAUGCUGCGAGGCAUCACCAGCGCAGAUGUGGGGCCCGAGGCGAAAGAAUACAAUCUGCUGCGAGCGGACGAGGAGUACCGCAAUGGCAACGUUGAGCACUCCAUCUACUACCAGGUGAAGGCGCAGUUCCAGUCCACCGACCUGCGAUACAUUACGGAGGCGGACGAUCUGGAGAGUCAGCGGCCCAGCACCGAGCAGCUGCUGCGUGUCGCCAGUGACGUGGAGAAGGAGGACUACAAAAGCAAUCGAUUCCUGCAGAACAUCCUCAAACAUCUGCAGCAAAAGGAGCGGGAAAGACCGAAAAGGCCGCCCUGCAUAGAACCCAUCGAGCAUCUGGACUUCCUGGAGGAUGUGGACGAACCAGUGGCCGGGCUGGCGCGCAUCAACGACAUCUGCAACGGCCUGCCCACCGAAUGGUGUGUCCUGCAACUCUGCAAGAGCUUCAAUCCGGCCACCACUUACUCGGUUUUCAACGAGAUCUCUGCCUCCGAUGGGGCCAUCUACCUGUCGCUGCUGCGCCACUGCCGCAGCCCCGAGCUGGGACCCAUUUGCCUGCGCUUCAACAACAGCGGCCUGGCGGAGGUCUUCAAGCACUACAGCACCUUAGUGGAGCGUUUCAGGCGAGUGGUCACCGUGGAUCCCCUCAAUAUAAAGAGCAAAGAGGCCAAGCAGAAGUACUGGGAGGAGCUAAAUAGCUACGAUGCCUUUCUACGGAAACUUCUCUCCGACUUUCGGGACAUCAUGGCGCCCUAUUCCUUUGUAUUCCUGGGCAAACGCUACGACUGCAGCGCCGUGGCAAGCCAAACCAAGGCUGUCUUCGGCCGCGUGGACGAGUUCUGCGUGGACCGUCAGUGGAGCAAUCAUCAGCGCAUUCUGCUCUCGCAGGCGUCGCUGCAUGCCAACCGCCUGACCUCCACGGACAUGAAACACAUUGCCUACGAGAUGACCAGCAAUGAGAACGAAAUCCACAUGGUCUACGACAUGCUCAGGGUAUUCGCCAGCGAAUGGCAGCCGCUGGAAGAUCGCCAAGUGCAGGUGGCCAAGAGUUUCCCCACCAUUCUGGUGGUCGAUGAGCGACUGGAUCAUCUGCAUUGGGAGCAGCUGGCAACGGCCCAGGAGUUUUCCCGCGUCAAAUCGCUGCACUGCCUGUGGCGACUGUAUCAGUACCACAAGGCGAGCAUCCGGCAUGGCUACUACACGCGCAGCAUCAAGCGCGGCAUGUGCGUCAUUAAUCCCGGAGCGGAUCUACCCAACUCUGGCCGGAGGCUGAGAAGCUUCUUCGAGUACUGGCUCUCCCACUGGCGGCAUCUGUUCGAGACAGUGCCCACCGAGGAGGUGAUGCUGCGGCAAGCCUAUCAGGCCGAUUGUUUUGUUUAUGCUGGUCAUGGCUCGGGCUUGCAGUACAUCAAUGGACGUGCCAUUUGUCGGGCCCGUGUCCGCGGUGUGGUCUUUCUCUUUGGCUGCGAUUCGACAAGGAUGCUGGGCACGGGUCUGUAUAGCGCCCUAUAUGGCGCCCAUGACUACUACCACGGCGCUCUGUGUCCCACCAUUGUGGGCACCCUGAUGCCCGCCCUUGAUGGCAACAUGGACCACGUCUCUGUGACGCUGCUGAGCCUUUGGCUGAAUCCCGGAAAUAAGCAAGUGCGGCCCUGGACCCAAAUCCACAAGAUGUCCUGGCUCAAAACGGGCACCAUCAAAGCUGGCAGCGAUGUGGAAGUCGCGCAGCCCGACUAUCAUCUGGGUAGCUUGAGCUCCAUUCUGUCCCUGGUGCAGCAGGGCAAGGUCGAGCCGACCGUCUACAAUUGCUGCAUUUAUGUGUGCAGGGGUCUGCCCGCCUGGAAUCUAGACGUCGAGCCGAUGCCCUUCUAAAGUAUAGUUCAAAUUCGUAUU